CAAUCCUCGCGAUCGCUAUGUGCGCGCCAUCAUUUUGUGGAAGUAUGGAGUAAAGAGAUCGGGUUUCUCCAAGCCUCGUUAUUUUGGGAGCAUCUACGCUCAGUAUCGUCACUGGUUACUAUGUAGCAACAAUCAUCAUUGGUGAUAUAUCUAUUUCGUUAAAAAAUAAAACCCUGGAGACCCAUAUACAAGCAGACGACACACAAUUUUGACAACGGAACCAGUUGGGACGGUGACUUGUGUUCCCCCAAGGAUUUUGGAAUGGUGACAUUUAACUGUCCCGGCCAUGGGAAAAAGGAAUAGUAAACUGAAACAAGAAGAGGUAGUGGAACUGAGGAAGCGAACUUAUUUUACCGAAGAGGAAAUUCAACAAUGGUACAAAGGAUUCAUGAAGGACUGUCCAGAUGGCAAACUGACAUUAGAUGGUUUCACAAAAAUUUACAAGCAGUUUUUUCCCUUCGGUGAUCCAAGUAAAUUUGCCUCCUUUGUGUUUAACGUCUUUGAUGAAAAUCGGGAUGGAUUUAUAGAAUUCCAGGAGUUUCUCCAAGCAUUGUCCGUGACUUCAAGAGGGAGUGUGCAAGAAAAAUUACAAUGGGCUUUUAAGCUGUAUGAUCUUGACAGUGAUGGAUUCAUCACACGAGACGAGUUACUGGACAUUGUGGAUGCAAUAUAUAAAAUGGUGGGAAAUUCUGUCAAACUUCCAGAAGAAGAAAACACGCCAGAAAAACGAGUCAAUAAAAUAUUUGAAAUCAUGGAUAAGAACAAAGAUGACAAACUUUCGUUUGAUGAGUUCCUAGAUGGGUCUAAGAAGGACCCUACCAUUAUACAAGCACUGACAUUGUAUGACACAACCAGUCAACAACCAGGAUAAUAGAACUGAGAGGAGUUAAGGAUGUUUAUUUUUAUGUUGCUAUGACAUCACCUUGGAGACCAAAAUGAUUGACAUAUAUACCGCCUUUGACAAUAACCUGCCAUGCCUGUGUUAAGAAUAUUUCUUUUUUUGAAAAGUUGUGAUAUUUUUAUUUGUGUUUCCUGUUUUAUUUAUUUCAUCUGACUUAGUGUGAAAUACUCUUGACUAAUUCUUGUUAUUGAUUUUUAUUGAGGAUGUUUCAGUGUGUAAAUGGUUGCUAGUCUGAUCAUUUAAGUUGUAUGCUAUCUGUGACCUUGAUUUUAUUAAUUUUCAAAAGAGUUUCAGAAAUGAAAAGCAAUAAUCAGUAGAUUUGAAAAGUCUAAAUAUAUCAAUGUUUUUCCAUUAAUGUUAUUGGAAGGAGUUAUGCAGCAUAGCUUUGCAGUCUACUGGUCCAUGCAUUACCUAGUAUAUCAUUUAAAUUGUUGCAACCUAAUUUGUACAUAGUUAUGGCCCUUUGUUCAGUAUAUAUGACUUUUUCUGUUAGGGGCAUACCUCAUACAUGUAAUCUAUACACCAAUAACAGUUUUUCAGGAGCCCUGGAAUAGUAGCGUGUCUUAUGUCUCCUUUGAUACAGAGUUAGGAUGUGUACUGGCAAGGUUCUUGUAUACCCUUGCCACAGGAUAUCUCAAGUUAUUAAGAUAAGUACAGUUUUGAAUGAAGGAAUGUUGUGUGCUGAAGUUAGACUCUAGACCCUAUAACAUGUAGAGUUAUAUACCUUUGUACAAGUGACCAAGGGUAGAAAACUAUGGAUUGCUUUUCAAAACUUAAUUGUUCUGUAUUAGUUAGAUAAUGCUCCAUUUGCAAUAGUGGGGAGGAUCCAUGAAUUUUGAGUUUGAAAAAAAAAAUUUGAGGAGGAGGAGGGGGGAGGGGACUUUUCCCACAGCCUCCUAAAAGCAUGCUUAAUUGAAAAGAACAACCCAACCUACAGCAUCCAAUGGAUCAACCACUGAAUUAAAGAAUAACAAAAAAAAAAGGAAUAGGAUUAUAGAUCAGUAUGUAACAUAACAAAUAAUUCUAAAUCAAAUCUUACAUUUAAUGUUUCCAUAUCUAAGUUUAAAUGUAUUCAUAAAUUUGCAAUAACCCUCAAACUGUAACAUAAAUCUCAGGUAUAACCAGAACAUAAGUUAAUACACACUUUUGAAUUGCAUUUUUUGGUUGAUACUUAAAUUUGUAAUGGAAAAGUUCCUUUUUUUACCUUUGUAUACCAAUGAUGAAUUCAAAAUACAUUACAUGAAGUUGCUUAAAAUAUAAAAGUGAACAUAAAUUUGUAUCUGCUCAAAUUUAAUGCAAGUUAGAGAUAAGUUUGUGUCAGGUAGCAUAUAACCUUAACUCUAACACUAAGUACAGUUACAUUGUGAAAGGUGCCAUCUCUCCUUAACAUAAAUUAUAAUUCAUUAGCUUAAUGUAUAAGCAUGAAUCAUCAACUACAAGUAAAAAUCUCAGGUUUAAUGUGUAAGUUAGUAUAUUUCUUUUCUUUAUCAGUGUCACAGAGCAUAUAGAAUGUGAAAGGUAGGAUGCCUCCUUAACUGGUACUCAAAAUCAUAGGUCAAAUUACUUAAAAACAUAAGUUGUGAAACUAUUUUAUAAUCAUUUUUGCCUAUGUCCUAUUAAAAGCUGAUAAAUUUCACUCAAAUUUUGGUGGUUUUUUUUCUUGUUUUUUUGUUUUUUGUAACCUUUUUUCUUUUAAAGGACAGUUAUUAUUCAAUAUAGGGUGGAAAAUAAGUAUCUGGAAAUUACAAAGUGAUGAAAGAUGUGCAGCAACAAAACACAACAAUGGGCAACAGUAACAAUUUUCAAAUAAAGAAAGUUUUUCAAAGCAGAUGUUUUCUGAAGAAAAUUUCAUGAAAAAAAGUUCUGUAAUGCUGUCUAUUAUCAUGGUAAACUUCAUGGUAUCAUAACCAUUAUCAGCAUUGUGAGAUACUCCUUAUGUUUUUUCUUUGCUGGCAUUGAUUAUAGAGCAUGUUAUUCAGGAACAAGUGUGAUUCUUCAUACAACUUGCCUACUAUAUAUAUUAUAUAAAAAAUUUUUUGUUGUUUUGGUGUCAUUUUUGGUUACAGGUACAGUCUUAUCCUGAAAAUAUCCACACACUCACAACCCCAACAACAUAUUCAUAUACAGGCUGUUAGACAUGAUAUUGUAAAUGAUAAAUUUCAAUUUUCAGACAAUUUUAUUGACAAAUAAAUACAUAUUAGACAAAGGGAGGGACAUGAGGCAGAGCCUAUUAAGUCCUCUCCAGUUGUAUAUGAUUUAUGACAUUACAAGUAGUUGCUAUUUGUCAUCAUAUAUACGCAAUUACUUUUUGCAAUUUGGUUCUUUCUUCAAAAUUGUUUUUUUAAAAGGCAUUGUCAUUUGUACCAUUCUUAGCUUUCACUAAUUAAACAUACAGGGUAGUGUAAAUUGUGAUAUUUUAUACUUGUAGGUUAUUAAUUGAAUCAUAAUCUUUGUUUUAUAUUAAAAAGAAGUCUUUCUUGUAAAUAAUAGCUCCUUUUUAUGUUGCUGAGAAGUCAAAAGAUAAGUUUUUUAACAUUUCAUUCAGUAUGAUAGGUACCUGUUUGGUACCAGUUAGAAUGUGCCCAGUGUUUUGUAUUUAUCAUGGAUGUAUACAAUCAUUACUAUACAGAUUCAAUCUUUUUAAUCAAACUUUUGCCAUUUAUACUUUAUCCAUGUCCUAAGUCAAUUAACUUUUUUACAACAUCAUUUUUACAUUUUUUCAUGUCAGCAUUUUAAAAAGGAAUACUCCCCUUUUCUGUUUAUGUAUUACCUGUAUAUGUUCUCAAUAAGAUAUCCGAAAAAACUGCAUGUUUUCUCCCAUUAGUCGUAUUGACAAGAAACGUUACAUAUAAUUACAUAUAAUUAACUAUAAAUGUGGUCUAUUUUCAUUUCGUUUUUUCUGGUAUUUUUCUUAAUUCCUUGUUAUCUGUGCAAAGUGUUAAUUUUAAUUUUGUUGAUAUGGAUUAGACAAUUAUUUAAUUAUUCAAUUUGCCUCAAAUUAGUGAGCGAUGGAAAUGGGUUGAUUAUUAUAAAUAUAUUGGUUUGUAAGCAAUAUUGAUUUAUAAGAUAUAUAUACCACUUGCUGUUAUUAACAUCAUAAUCAUACAUUUAAGAACAUGUUGUAGACUCAUACCUUGAGUAGGACUGGACUGUUCACAAUCUGAUACUGUACAAUGUGGGUUUAUGUUUGACAUUGAAAUUGAUGUGUAAACUAAGUGAUAAUUAUGCAAGUCGUCCUGUAAAUAUAUUUACAUAUGUACAGGAAGGAAAUCGUGUAAUGUAAUUAUUUAAUGAAGCAUUGUUUGAUUAUGAUUUUUUAACUGUAAUGUGUCCUCAAUGAUUAUCUCCCCUUGAUGUGUGAUCUCCACAAAAACAGCCCAAACCUGAAGUACUCAUAUUGGACCUCUAACUGAUGUCACAGGGUGACUUCUUUAGAAAAACAUUGUGUCAAAGUAAUUAUAAGCAGCAAUUUCAUACAGUUUCAAUGUAGACUGAAUUUGAGUCAAAGUAUUUAAAAGAAGCCAUUUGAAUUCCAUAUAUUAUCAAUAAUUUCUGCUCUAGAAGUGUGUAACAUCUCUCCUAUACCUCAGUCUGUGUGUGCUAAAUGGGAGUUGUGUAGGAUUAUCAAAAGGAAACAACUAUGUCUAAAACUGUAGACAUGAACGUUAGAUGGGGAUGCAGUUACUCGACCAGUAAUUAUUAUCUAAAACAUUUUUUGAGAUACCACCCGAUUAAAGUAUAAAUAUGUAUCUAAUUCAGAUAGAAAAGCUAGAAAGUUAUAAAGAUAUCUUUGACAUUGACAGAUAAAGUUCCUAUUAUUUCUCCGACAGAAUAUUUGGACAGUGCUAACCAUUCAUGUCAUUUGUGAACUCAAAAUGCACCUGUGACUUUGGUGAAGAGGACUUAGUAGGGUAUUUCAUCCCAUUACUUUGACCAAUAGAAAUUGUGGAUAUACUGUAUCUAUAGGAACAGCCUGUGAGAAUGACCAAUCGUAACUGUUCCAAGGAGAGUUAAAUUAUAAAGGGAGAUAAUGAGAUGAAGGAAAGGAGAUGACAAUCACUGGAAUAAGUUAAAUAAAUUAUUUAAAAACUGGAAA